GAUUCCUUCGAAUUCCUUCUUCCAUGGCCACCGUCUCUUCUUCCUCCUGGCCAAACCCCAACCCUAAUCCCGAUCCCACGUCUGCCUCAGAUUCCGAUUCUACUUUCCCCUCUCACCGCGAUCGCGGAGACGAAACCGACUCUCUCGAUUCCUUCUCCUCCAUGAGUCUAAACUCCGAGGAGCCUAAUCAGAACUCUAAUCGGGACGUUAAUAUUAAUCAAUCGCCUAUUUCUCCCCCUACGCCCAAUUUACCGGUGACGCCUCCUCCGUCCGUGCUUCAUCUUUCCUUUAACCAGGACCAUGCUUGCUUCGCUGUCGGCACUGAUCGUGGCUUCCGGAUCCUUAAUUGCGAUCCGUUUCGCGAGAUUUUCCGGCGUGAUUUCGAUCGUGGCGGUGGUGUUGCUGUGGUGGAGAUGCUUUUCAGAUGCAAUAUAUUAGCCCUAGUUGGUGGUGGACCUGAUCCUCAAUAUCCUCCUAAUAAAGUUAUGAUUUGGGAUGAUCACCAGGGCCGAUGUAUCGGAGAACUCUCUUUCAGGUCCGAUGUUAGAUCGGUCCGGCUUAGGAGGGAUCGGAUUAUUGUCGUUCUGGAGCAGAAGAUUUUCGUGUACAAUUUCUCAGACCUCAAGCUGAUGCAUCAGAUUGAGACCAUUGCGAACCCUAAGGGUUUGUGUGCUGUUUCUCAGGGUGUUGGUUCUAUGGUAUUGGUAUGUCCAGGUUUGCAGAAAGGUCAAGUUCGAAUCGAGCACUACGCUUCUAAACGGACCAAAUUCGUCAUGGCUCAUGAUUCGAGAAUAGCUUGCUUCGCUCUCACGCAGGAUGGGCAUUUGUUGGCGACAGCUAGCUCUAAGGGUACUCUGGUUCGGGUCUUCAAUACUGUUGAUGGAACCUUGCGCCAAGAGGUUAGGAGGGGUGCGGAUAGAGCGGAGAUCUACAGUUUGGCCUUCUCUUCAAAUGCUCAGUGGUUAGCUGUCUCAAGUGACAAAGGAACGGUCCAUGUCUUUGGUCUUAAAGUCAACUCCGGAUCUCAAGUGAAAGACUCAUCCCGAAUUGCACCUGAUGCUACUCCCUCAUCCCCAUCGUCGUCUCUGUCUUUAUUCAAAGGAGUGUUACCAAAGUAUUUCAGCUCGGAGUGGUCGGUGGCUCAGUUCAGGUUGGUUGAAGGAACUCAGUACAUAGCCGCCUUUGGCCAUCAAAAGAACACCGUUGUUAUUCUUGGCAUGGAUGGGAGCUUCUACAGAUGCCAGUUUGAUCCGGUGAACGGCGGAGAAAUGUCUCAGAUUGAGUACCACAACUGUCUGAAACCGCCUUCAGUUUUCUAAAAGCUACGUACUUAUUCUCUUUUGUUCCUUCUCUCUCUAUCUCUCUGCUACUUAAGCGGUGAGAUUUGAUGCAAUGUAUAGUUGUGUAUAUAAUAAUGGGUCGUUCUAUAA